AAGGGCUGUUCUUUUCCUGUAAUUCCAGUUAAGAGCUUUCUUCUUCCUUUCCCUAUCCUCAAACCCACACGCUCCCUCAAGAAUUAGGGUUUCUUUUCUUUUUGAAUCUUAUCUAAUUCCCAAAUCCAAAGAUAUGAAGAGAUCUUCAGGUAAAAAGGAUUCAAAUUUCAUAGAGCAAUUGAUACUUUACGUCGCUAGUGCUGCAUUGAGUAGCUUGGUUCUCUACGUUGGUCUUAGAGCAAUUGACCCGAACCGUGACGCAGCUAAAAAGUCUCUCGAGCAUAAAAGAGAAAUCGCCAAACGUUUAGGUCGUCCUCUUAUUCAAACCAAUCAAUACGAGGAUGUGAUUGCGUGUGAUGUAAUAAACCCAUUACACAUUGAUGUUGAGUUUGGUUCUAUUGGAGGGUUAGAGUCAAUUAAGCAAGCUUUGUAUGAGUUAGUGAUUCUACCAUUGAAAAGGCCUGAGCUUUUUGCUUAUGGGAAGUUACUUGGUCCUCAAAAGGGUGUUUUGUUGUAUGGUCCUCCUGGUACUGGGAAGACUAUGCUUGCUAAAGCGAUUGCGAGAGAGUCGGAAGCUGUUUUUAUUAAUGUGAAGGUUUCUAAUUUGAUGAGCAAGUGGUUUGGUGAUGCACAGAAGCUUGUGUCUGCUGUGUUUAGCUUGGCGUAUAAACUCCAACCUGCUAUUAUUUUUAUCGAUGAGGUGGAUAGUUUUCUUGGCCAGCGACGUUCGACUGAUAAUGAAGCAAUGUCGAAUAUGAAGACCGAGUUUAUGGCUUUAUGGGAUGGAUUUACUACAGAUCAGAAUGCGAGGGUGAUGGUUCUUGCAGCAACUAACAGACCUUCGGAGCUCGAUGAAGCAAUAUUGAGGCGUUUUCCUCAGUCAUUUGAGAUCGGGAUGCCUGAUUGCCGGGAGAGAGCUCAAAUAUUGAAAGUGGUUUUGAAAGGAGAGAGGGUUGAACCAGAUAUUAACUUUGAUCAUAUAGCUCGUUUAUGUGAAGACUAUACUGGAUCAGAUAUUUUUGAACUCUGCAAAAAAGCAGCUUACUUCCCAAUCCGAGAAAUCCUAGAGGCGGAGAAAAAGGGCAAACAAAUUUCUGUGCCUAGACCAUUGUCACAACUAGACUUGGAGAAGGUUCUUGCUACCUCAAAGAAGACACAAGUUGCUGCAAGCGAGUACACUGGUUUAAGCUCGCAAUCUUCACUCUGGAGAAGUCCAAGCAAUGCCGACGAGGUCCAAGCAGCUAUAAACGGCAUCUCAAAGCUUUUUGUCUCCCGGCUUAGAAACAUUCAGCCAGACUCUCAGGAUUCAUAUCAACAUGAUUCAGAAGGAGAUUCGGAAUAGAAGCAAACUCUUCACUAGAGCUUUGUAUAGUCCAAAAAGAGUAUUACCAAAAAGAAUAUAAACUUUUGUAAACCUCAUAUGUCUCUGCAUAAGUUGGUGCAUUUCCUAAGGAGCAUUGUUGCCUUAAGACAUGUUUAGGAAAUUAAUUCAUUUCUUGUUCAAGCAAUGAUCUAUAUACAUUUACCAAUUUGGUUUUCUUCAAAUUUUGGAUUAAAAUGUCAGCUUUUUU